UCGGAUCAGGGAAGAAAGUGAACAGCGAAAAGUUUUCGUUGCGAAAAAGUUUGAUUGUAAAUAGGAUAUAUAGUGUUAACUUAUGUAAAAACUCAUAAAAAGUUGAAAUAUAUUGCAACGUUCAUUUUUUUAGUCUCGUUUAGUACGAAAAUAUUUUGCAUUUAACUCUGCGUAUAGGUACUUAAAAAUACAAACCUGUUUCUUACGAAAGGGAACAAGCGAAAUAGAAUAAACGAAAACAAAGAGAUGACAAAAUCUCGGUGAGGGGGCGCAGUGAAAAUUUGAACAGAACAAUGCAAGAAGGACGAAAAAACGCAGUGAAAAUCAAAGCGCACGGGAAAUUUUCAAUUUCUGAAUAACUGCUCAUUUAAAAUAAGAUAAUUAAAGUGAUAAAGUGUUUUAAGUGCAAACAUAUUGAAAUGAACGUUGUGAAUUAGUGGGGAAGGAAAGAGUUUUAUAAAUUUUGUAUGAAAAAAUUAUUUGCUAUAAAUUUUCCCACACGCGCACACAAUCAAACGCACACACACCCGCGGAGACCGCACAAAAUCUCAAACAAAAAGGAAAUCAAUAAACGCAAAAGCGAGCCGUAGUAGAAGCACAAGUGGAAGUGGAAUUUGAGAAGAAGCAGUGGGAAAAGGAAAAGGUGAAGGUGAAUUGAGUGCGCGAAAGUCGAAAGGAAAAAACGAAACGCAAUAAAAUGGUGUGAAAAUGCGGGACAUUAAAAAUUUUCAGCGUGGAGGCUGAAUGCUGCGAAAACACUUAACUGACCGAAGAGAAAUUAAAGAGACAGACGAAAAGAAGAGUUAUAUUAUUAGUGAUUGUUAAAGUAAUCUAAAAACAAUUAUUACAAAACUAAUAAAGAUACAGUUAUAAUUAUUACAUAGGCGGCAGUAAUAAUUUCACAUUGGACAUAGGAAUGGAAAUGGCCAGCAGCGCCGCAAAUAUUACUAAUAGCACAACUUCUCAUAGUGGUGUCGUGGGCAAUACUUUGCCAUCUCUCUUUGUCAGUGAUCAUAAUGGCGGUAGCUCAUUAGUUAGUAGCAAGGAUUUAGAUAAUUUAAUUGCCAUGAAUGACAGCGCACUUUCACAACAAAUCGAAUUUAUAUUACAAGAGGCUCCUAUGGAGCAUGACGGUGACAUAAUAAAUGGCGAUAUUUCUGCAAAUGUAGAGAGAAUAAGUAGCGUUAACCCUAACACUACCAUUAAAUUGCAAAACCCACCGAAUUUAAUAGUAACAAGCGCUUCCGACUUCUCAAGAGCACAUGCAACCAGUGAAGGUAUUGUGUCAAUUGCAGGAACACAAACAAUGGCGCAACAUCAUCUACUGAAUGGUCGUCGGAUCAUAAUACAAACUACUCCUGCUGCUAAUAUGAUUAAGGAAGAAGAAGCGGAUCCAGAAUUAAAUGAUGAAAAUCUUCAAGAUAUAGAAGAAGAGGAACAAGAAGCUGAAGCUGAGGAGAAUCAGCUUCAUCUUCAACAUGCGAAUAUAAAAAUGGAACAAAUAGAUAAUGGAGAACAGGAGUAUAUAAGAACUGGUGGUAUAAAUUAUAUAAGUACGCCAACAAUAACCACCCAUCAUACGCAUUUAACAGCCGGUCAGCCACAGCAAAUAGUUUUGCCGGCCGGUUCAAUUGUGGGUACAACGGCAACCGGCCGUACAGUAACCGUGCCAGUUUCAGAAGCAUUGGCACAACUUCAACGUCGUCCUGUGUAUAUCAGUAAUACAAUGGGCGGAAUGACCGGCGCUACAUUUGUACGUAUGCCGGCUGUGAUAAGUCGCAGUCCUAUGACUGUCUUAAAUGUCGUACAACAGGGUGUUCCUGGUAGUGGCCAAACACAGCUCAUUCUUCAGGCAACACCUGUGGCAAAUACUGGUACACAAAUGACUGUGGUCACGUCUAGUCCAUCAGCGGUUGCCACGAUGCCAACAUUACCACCUUUGACAGCUAGUAACGUGGAAGCGUCUGCGGCUACAACAAUGCCAGCCGUAAUGCCCGCAUUGACAUCCACAUCAGCCCAAUCUACAUCCCCAUCGAACUCAUCGUCAUCUCCAUUAUCGUCUUCUGGUCACGUUGCGUCUUCCACAGUGGUAGUUACAACAGCAGCCUCAGCGCCGGCUAAUAGUAGCGCAAUUAAUACGACGGCAAAUUGUAGCGGUGCUACAAAUAGGACUUCCAGCAGCGCCACAAACGGCACAUAUCAAUGUGUUUCUUGCGCGGAAGAGUUCGAGUCGAAGGAACUAUUUGACAUACAUUGCUCAGGCCAUGCAAAUAAUAUGAAAUGUGCUAUAUGUAAUAUGGUUUUGAAGUCACUCAAAAACUAUGAGAAACAUUGCUUACGCUGCAAGCCAUACGAGUGUCAGAUAUGUGGACGGGUUGUACGCUUCCGGCCGAAUUUCAUCAAACAUAUGCGUGUGCACACAGGACAACAAUCCGAACGACACAAAUAUAAAUGUGAUGUAUGUCACAAGGAAUUCAUGAGUUUUGAAUAUUUCAAAGUACACAAAAAGAUUCAUAAUGAAAAUGUUAAUUUAACUUGUGAGAUUUGCGGAAAAGUGUUCAGCGCCUUGGCAUCACUGCGUGGCCAUUCCAAGCUGCAUUCCGGCGUAAAGUUACACAAAUGUGACGUUUGUGGCAAAGGUUUUGGCCAACGCUACAACUUAAAAAUACACGCACGCACCCACACCGGCGAAUUUCCGUUCGAGUGCACAUUGUGCAAAAAGAAAUUACACACCCAAUCUUCCUUACAAACCCAUAUGCAAGUACAUCAACGCGACCAGAAUACACACGGAACAAGUAAAAAAUCCGCUGCAAAGUCAGCAACAUCGACCACGCCAGCAGCUACAAUUGUCAAACUGGCGCCACAAGCAAAGGAUGAUGUGCCCAGCACCAGUGGGCUGCAACGUCACAUACAAAAUCAAAGAAUUGAAGAUAUGGAAGAUGACAACUCGGGCAUGAGCGACAAUAUACAAGGCGGCAAUAAUACAAGUCGCAUAGUGUCCACAUCUUCAUUGGCCACUGGUAUACAUAGUGUGCAAACAACCACCACGGGCGAGGAUUCAUCCAAUGAAUCUUCCAACGCAUCGCAUGAACUUAUGCAACAACAAAUGAGACAACAACCACUACUGGUGACACCCACCCGUACAAUUGUCAUCAAAAAUUAUAUGCAAAAUGAUCAAAGCGUUGGCUUAUCCCAACCACAAACGCAGCAUCAGACUAAUGUUAUACAGAGCAGUAGCCAAAGUACGCUGCAACAACAGCUCUUACGUAAAACGCCAAUAAUACAUUCUACAGGUGGUGCGGCGGGUACCCUCUCCACCACAUUAGCGAGCGUAGUCCAGCAAAUCGGCACCUCACCCUCGCCAUCGCCCUCAUCCUCGUCGACAUCAUGUUCCUCGUCAGUGGUUGUGUCCAAAUCUGGUGCUCCUUUGUCGCUCGCAUCCGCCGCUAUUGGCACCUCAACUAUACGCAGUACGCGCAAUCAUCAUUUGUCUCAAUUCAAUACGUCACUGAACACAUCUGCAUCAACGAGUAGCAACCACCGUGCGUUACAACGCAAUAAUAACCACCGAAAUCACAGCAACAGCAACAACAACAACCACCGACGUCGACAUGCGACACAUUUGGACGAUGAUGAUGAUGAUGACGAUUUCGAUGAUUUUGUCGAUUCGUCACGUUCCCGUCAUCAUCAUCGCUCACUACGUGUGAAUGGUCAACAUUUUGACGAUGACGACGACGAUGAGAAAUCCUCCCCGUCCUUGGCCACCGCGGCCAUUAUUAAAGUUGAACCGAAUCUGUACUCAUCAGGUUCGGGUGAUAAUUCAAAUGAAAUGCUCAUUAAAGAAGAGGUUAUGUUCGAAGAUUCCACACACCAUUCCCCACAUUCGCCGCCAAGCUCGAAGUUUCGUAUAUCAAACUUUGAUAACGAUUUGGUUGAUCAUCAUGUCGCUUUGAAUCAUUCGCUACAACCAUAUGGAAAUCUCUUUGACCCGCAUAACAUGCCCGAUGCAAUACCCGUACAAUUGUAUCCCGACGAUGAUGAUGACUUUCAUUUGGAUCAUAGCUCAUUGGGACCGCUACAUCAAACCUCAUCGUCCACCACCGAUGGUGAUUUCAUUAAAAAAGAAUGGGUGUAUGGUGCGAGUUCGAGUUAUACAAUGAAUGGCAAGUUCGGUGAGGAUAGCGAUGCACUCUGUGAUUCGGGUAAUUUCAUUUACGACUGAGCAGUGGAGCGGCAUAAGGUAUUUUGAGCAGUGUGAUUGUCGUGUAUUGAGAAACGAAUAUUAAUUGUGGUGAUUAAUGGUUAUGCAUAUACAUACAUUUACAUACAUACAAACAAACAUAAUUCACAGAUGCAAAUCGAAAAUUUAUAAAUAUAUACUUACUUGUAUUGACGAGUGCUGACUAAAUGGAAGCAAUGAACAAGUUGCGUAUAACAAAUGCCAAUAAUAACAAGUAUUUUUUAUUUUUUUGUCUGUAUUGUUAAACAAACAAUUUUCAGAAAGAAAACGAAACUCAUAAAACACUCAAUAUAGUGGAUAAUAUUGUUAUUUUAGUGUUAAAAAAAAAAAAA